AGGGGGCCGCGCUCCCGGCCAUGCCGCGCUCCUUCCUGGUCAAGAAGGCGGCCAGCACCCGCGUGCCCAACUACGGGCAGCUGGAGACGCGGCGCCCAGAAGCCAAUGGAUCGUGCCCGACUUGGCAAGGGCUGGUGUUUCCCCUCCUCAUGCCCGAUGGCACAGCUUCGCUGUCCCUCUGUGACCCCGGCCGGCUGUGGGACCGCAGCUCUGGCGCUGCCCAUCUAUCUUUGCCUCUUCUGCAGACCACUGAGAUCAGAGGAGACCCUCCUGGCUCAAGCCCGCAGUCCGUGGCCCUUGGUGACGCUGCCCCAGCGGGAGGCCGGUUCUCAGGGCCCAUUCUCCGGGACAGCCGGAACAACCUCAACCUUCCCUCCACCUGUGGGCUGCCCCCCAAGAGGACUCCCAAUCUGGGAAGCCCCGCAGAGGGAGAAGGGGAGAAACUGCUGGGGGAGCCCGGCCAGGCCGCUGACCCCCCGGAGAGACUGGUGUGUCCGGACUGUGGCAAGACCUACCACACUUUUGCGGGCCUGGCCCGGCACCGGCAGCUGCGUUGCAAGCUGCAGCCGGCGAGCAGGAAAUACUUCAGCUGCAAGUACUGCGAGAAGGAGUAUGCCAGCCUUGGGGCCCUGAAGAUGCACCUCCGCACUCACACGCUGCCUUGCGUCUGCAGGAUCUGCAGCAAAGCCUUCUCCCGGCCGUGGCUGCUCCAGGGGCACAUCCGGACACACACAGGUGAGAAGCCCUACACCUGCUCCCAAUGCAGCCGAGCUUUUGCGGACCGCUCCAACCUCCGCGCCCACCUGCAGACUCAUUCCGACGUCAAGAAAUACCAGUGCCAGGCCUGCUCCAAGACCUUUUCCCGCAUGUCCCUGCUGUUGCGGCACGAGGAGGCUGCCUGCUGCCCCACCACCUGACCUGGCUCGGAUUGGAUCUUGCCGGAAAAUGGGCCAUGCGGGACACGAUGGAGAAGACCUGCAGUCCAGAAGCCGAGCUGCCUUGUGACAUUCAACGGACUGCUCUGAAGACUUUGCUGCAGCGAGGCCAGGGUGGCUCUCCAUCAGGGCUAGGAGGACGUGGGCUGCAUCGCACAAAGAAGCUCCCCCAGAGCCUGGCUUUGGAUUCUUUGCACCAAAUUCUGCAGCAGAACAAUCUCCCAUUCUGGAAGCACUUAGCUGAUCCAGCCAGAGAGCACAAUAGGCAAGCAGCUUGCCGGCUGAUUUAUCAGGGCAGCCUCCUUCUUGCCAACAUGGCGAGUUCCAGCCGCUCUGAUAGGAGAUUUCCAUCUCCCGGUUCUGAUACAAAUGCAUGUAAGGCAACGUAGUUUCCCUCCCUUCUUGUGAUUCUACCCAGCCACCCCCCUGACAAUUUCUUAGUGGCUGGAAUAUGGCUGGAUUUUCCUCUUCUCCUUUGGCUGUCUUCUCUGAUUUGGAGAAAUAAAACAAUGCAAGUAAACUUGGUCUCCAA